AUGGGAUCGCACCUGCACCAGUCGAGCAAGAGCGGCAGCAACCGUGGAGCCAUGGAGGAGGUGGACCGGCUGAGCAGCCUCCCCGACGACCUCCUCCACGCCAUCCUCCGCGGCCUCCCGCUGAAGCAGGCCGUCCGCACCAGCUCGCUCUCCCGGCGGUGGGCGCACCAGUGGCUCCGCGCGCUGGCCGCCUCCCGGGUGCUCGACCUUACGGACCGAGACUUCGCCCGCGGCCAGCCGCCGGCGCGGGCCGCGGCCACGGUGAGUCGCUGCCUCAGGCUCCACGCCGAGCACGGCGCCCCGCUCGACGUGCUCCGCGUGGCGCUGCUGGCGUCCCCGCCGUCAGGGUCAGGGCCAGGGCCGAGCGACGGCGCGUCGUUCGGGCGGGACGUCAUCGGGUGGGUCGCGGCCGCCGUGAGGAGGGGCGCCAGGGAGGUGGAGGUGGACGUCCUGCACCUGACGCCGUCGCAGGACGACGACGACGACGACGCGGCGUUCCUGGAGCUGGAGCUCCCCGGUGACCUGUUCCAGGCCAGGAACUCGCUGGAGCGGGUCGCGCUCGGCGGGCUCAGCCUCCGCGCCGUCCGGCUCCCCGCGGCAGGCCUCGCUGGCCUCCGCUCGCUUUCUCUCAGCCACGCCGACGUCACCGACGAGGCGGUCCGGGCCAUUCUCUCCAGCUGCCGGGCGCUCGAGUCCCUGAGCCUCAGGAGCUGCUCCCUGCUCACCUCUGUGAGUGUCGCCAGCGAGCGGCUGCGGGAGCUGCAGCUCCUGGGCUGCCGGGCCGUGCAGGAGCUCCGGGUCGCCGCGCCCGCGCUGGAGUCGCUCACCCUGUACGGCCACGUCUGCUGGAGCGAACCAGAGCAGAGCUGGCAGGAGGGCAACCCUGUUUACUUCGACUUCGGCGACAUGCUGGCGCUGCGGGACGCGUACCUGUCGCACCUCGGCUGUGGUGACUACAACAUUGUCCACGACAUGGCCUACCCCUGCCUCUACUACGUCGUCGCGCAUGCCCGGGUCUUGACGCUUUGCUCCAUCGGCUUGCAGCUUCUUUACCAACACGGCUGGGAUGAGAGCGCAUUCAGGGAGAUGCCGAAGCUAGAAGAGCUGCAGCUGCUGCUGGCCUCCCCAGAGCCAUGUUUCUACUGGGACAAUGAAGACCAGGAGCAUGUGUCCACUUUCUUCAUGCUCACCCCGCUCCCAGUCCUCCAACGUCUCUUUCUCCACCUCCCCAGCGAUCCUGGGUACGGAUGGAGCAGCUCGGCAGCAGCGCGGCCUGAGGAGACCGACGGCGCAGACAUGACACUCGAGCACGAGGUCGUCCUUGACCAGCUGACCUUCAUCAAGGUUGUGAAUUUUAGGGGGACAAGGCGAGAGCUGCGGCUGCUCACCUUCUUCCUGAAGAGGGCCCCUAGCCUGGACCAGCUGGUGCUGGUCACGGCGGAAGGAGAGGAAGCUCCGGCAGACGAGCAACUAAAAGCCAUGCAAGAGCGGGUGUCGGAGUUGCAGAGGUCGUCGCGCGAGGCACGCGUCUCCGUGUGCCGGCCCAAGGAAGACGAUAGCCCGAACCAUGCACACACCAGGUUCUUCCACGAGGAUGAUGAGUAUGUAGCUAACUAA